AUUACACUUUGGCGUAAACUAACAUGAAAUAUCAUUUAACAAAUAGUGAAAUGCAAAAUAUAUUUUUAUUUGUCAACAUAGGUUGCUUGGUUAUAAACUUGACGUUUGCAACAAAUAUAAGCGAAUAUGGUAAAAAUGAUCUCUGUCAACUCCCUACCGUCAAACACUUAUUGAGCAAACUGAGGAUGAGUUCUGAUUCUUUUCAAUGCAUUUUAAAACAAAACCAAGAUAUUGAAUACCUCGUUACCAGUUUUAUUGAGAAUAUUUUUAAUACAACGGUAAAAAAAGAAGUUGAAAACGAAAAGGUUUCAGCUUUAAACGAUAAAAUUGGAAACUAUUGCUGCAGUCCAGUUUGCGAUAAAUUUAUGUCAAGACUAGGCAACCCAGUUAGUGAUCUCAUCAGAUGCACGUGAUAUAAGUUGUGUGGUUUAAAAAAACUUAUUUCAAAGAAUAGUAUUGUGCAUAGACAAACUUUAGAAGUAUUUUUUGAGCGAUAUAUUAGAUCUAAAUCAAAAACAAAAUUUUAAAUUUUGCAUGGUAUUUUAUGGUACAAAAUAUUGCUUAAUCAGCGGAUAAUGUUUGAAAGGCUUAUGAAACCUAAAAAGUUUUAAAGAUUUUUUUUCAUUCCGCUUUUUUUUUUCUAUUUUUGAUGAGAUUUUUUCUUUAAUUCUUAUUUGAAGAAGAUUUUAGUUUUCUGGAUAAAAACUUAAAGAAUUGAAAUCUUUAUUAAUAUUUGAAGAAGCUUGUGAAAGUGUAUAACCAACAGUUUUCUUUAAACAAUGCUAUUAACAUAUUUUUGUUGUUUGAUAAAUGGCAUUCUUUCAACUUUUAUUCAAGUAUUAUUAAUA